CGUCUAUAUAGAGCAUUCUCAAUGGCCAUCUUUAUAAUUUCAGACCAUAUUUUUACUUAAAACCUACGACUGUACAAGUCCCAUGUGCAAGGAUAGUUUAUAAACUCCCAUGCUUUGCAUACGACAAGAAGGAGCGAGUGAGCUCCGUGAGCUCACAACAGUCGGCGGUCCGUCCGCCUGAGAAAGUAGUUCCGCAUAACUUCGCCGACAGCUGUUUUAUUUUAAAAACAGCCUCUAAGCCUUGUUCCAAACUUGAACCCCCUUUAUAAUAUCCUAAAUUAUUCGUUACAAUGGGCUGCAUUGCACUCGACAUGUUUUUCUGAAACGCAUAAUCUCGAGUGUCGAAUGCCUUCUUGCUUUUUAAUCUGGAAAAACGUGGACCACUCCGCGCAGUCAUUUGCUGCUCUGUGUUUUUCGAAAUGAAAGUUUGUGUUGAUAGGUGCUGGCGGCUGCCGAGUUUUUAACCUUUGGGGGAAAAACGUUGUUGUGAUCGUGUUUUUUUCUUUUCUACGGCGAAGCUGUGUCCGCGACGGAGCUUCGAUAACCAGCGACGUGCCUGACCCAAGACUGCGACACCGACAACGCGGCCGAGCGACGGAAAUCAAAAGCGGACUACAUAUCGCCGUCUCGUGAACUGUGGGGUUUCUCCCAGCCCGAACGACGAGUCUGCUGGGCUAAGCCUAGCCAGACCUCUUUUUUUGGUGGGCCAGCCCUUUUUUUUAUUAUUGCUAAUAUUCGUGGUGUGGUGGUGUGUGUGGUUCGACAUUUAGGUGUACUACGAAAUAUGGAAGCCAUCGCAAAGCACGAUUUCAACGCGACGGCCGACGAUGAACUGAGUUUUCGCAAAGGCCAAGUGCUAAAGGUCCUGAACAUGGAGGACGACAUGAACUGGUACCGGGCCGAGCUCGAUUCCAAGGAGGGACUCAUUCCUAGCAACUACAUCGAGAUGAAAAAACACGACUGGUACUACGGCCGCAUCACGCGUGCGGACGCAGAGAAGCUGCUGUCGAACAAGCACGAGGGGGCCUUCCUGAUCCGGGUGAGCGAGAGCUCCCCCGGGGACUUCUCGCUGUCGGUGCGCUGCGGGGACGGGGUGCAGCACUUCAAGGUCCUGCGGGACACCCUGGGCAAGUUCUUCCUCUGGGUGGUCAAGUUUGCCUCCCUCAACGAGCUGGUCGAGUACCACCGGUCGGCCUCCGUCUCUCGCUCCCAGGACAUCAAGCUUCGGGACAUGCACCCUGAGGAGGGAACUGGCACGAGCAAUCUUUGUAAUCAAACCAAGUGUCUGGUGCAGGCCAUGUACGACUUCCAGCCCCAGGAGACUGGAGAACUGGAGUUCCGCCGCGGCGACAUCAUCAAUGUGCACGACCGCUCCGAUGCUAACUGGUGGGAAGGAGAGAUCGGCCCCCGCAGGGGAUACUUCCCCGCCACAUACGUCGUGCCGUACCACACAUAACCCCUCCGUCCGUGCCCUAUUGCCCUCUAUGCUCCCGUGUCCUCGCUUUUUUGUUCCUCUUUUUUCUAUUGUUCCUCCCCCUUUUUCCUGUAUGGCCUUCCCUAGCAUCUCUUGGAGAGGCUAGGAAACAUUGGGAUGGGAUGUUUCUUUCCUAGGUCCUUAAUAUUUCCUGGGUCAACCCUAGCAUCCCUUGGUUAGGCUAGGAAAGCUUAGGAGGGUACAUCUCUUUCCUGGGCCGCUAGUAUCUCCUGGGUUGAUCGUAGCAUCCCUUAGGGAGGCUAGGGAAGCUUGGAGGAUUAGGAGGGGAUAUCUCUUCUCUAUGUCCCCAAUUGCCCCUGGUUUGAAAAGUCCUAGUGGAAGGAGAUGGUCAGUGGUGUGGCAGAGUGCUGUGUCAAACUGAUGAGAGAGAAGAUGUGUCCUAGUUUUUCUCUUUCCCUGUGUGCACAUCCCUCAAGAGGCUAGGGAAGCUUGGGAGGGCAUAUCCCUUCCCUAAGUUCUUAGUAUGCCUCGUGUUCAAAUUAGGGAACAAAAAGACGGGCAGUGUGGUGGCAUCUGCUGCCUCAAACUGGUCUGGAGGGGAUGUACGCUAGGCUAGGGAAGCAUAGGAGGAAAUAUUUCUUCCCUAGAUCCCUGGUAUCCCCUGGAUUGGAAAGUUUUAGGGAAGGAGACGGCCGAUGGUGUGGUGGCAUCUGCUGUGUCCAACUGGUGGAGAGGGGAUCUGUGCGCUUCUCUCUCCUUUUCUUAUUGUGCCCUUCCCUAGCAUCCCUUGGGAGGCUAGAGAAGCUUGGGAGGGGAUAUCUCUGUGUAGGUCCCCGGCAUCCCCCGAGUUGGAAAGUUCUAGGGAAGGAGACGGCCAGUGGUGUGGUGCCGUCUGCUGUGUCAAACUGAUGGAAAGGAAAUGUAUGCUGUUCUCUCUCUCCCCUUUUCCUUGUGUGGACUUCCCUCUAUCCCCUGGGAGGCUAGGGAAGCUUGAGGGGGUUUGGGAGGGGAUAUCUCUUCUCUAGGUCUCUGUAUCUUCUGGGUUGGCAAGUCCUAGGGAAGGAGACUACCGGUGGUGUGGUGGAGUCUUCUGUGUCAAACUGGUUUAGAGGGAAUGCCUGCUCUUCCCUCUCUGCUUUUCAGGCCAUCUGCUCUGUUAUGUGUCUUUUGGAGAUCUUUUUUUUUUUUUUCUGUUUUCCCUAAAAAUAUGUGUAUUUCGUGUACAUAAUGGAAAGACGCGCGGCAGGCGUGCGUGACACAAAGUGCAACUGAAGAAUGAGACUGCUGCCCAUGAUCAAGGUGUCCGCACGUUGCCGUCGUCCUCUGCAAAGAGUUUUUUUGUUUUGACUUCUUACAAGCUGCCCAAUUUUUUUCUCUUUAUUUUCAGUUCUGUGCCUUUUGGUUUUUAAGUGUUUUUGUUUCAAACAUGCGUUGUGUUUUGUGGGAGACCGUGUGCAACACUUGUCCUCAGGUUCAAGUGCAGAACGGCCUGUAAAUAUUCAAAUCGUUUCGUUUGUUACGUUUAGCAUCGCAUUUUUUAGCUGCCCUCGUUAUUUCCAUGGCACGUUUUGUUCAUUUUGGUAAUAUUGUCUUUGCAUUGCAGAUUUUUUUUUUAAUGCUGUUUCAACAUCUUUGCGUUAGCCCGUUGUGUGCUUCUUUUUUUUUUUUUUUUUAUCGCCUUUUUCCUAGAAUUGCAGUCCACCGGAACAAAAAGAUAACCCACAGUGCGAAGAGAGGCUCGAGUCUUGUGUUAUCGUCUGCUUGCCGAUCGGCUGGUGUGGUGUUGCGGAGUUUGUUUUGUCUAGUCAGCCUCCCCAUGAACUUUUACAUUUUGUUGUGCUCACCCUUUUCGCAUUAUUUGGUAAUGUGUGCAUGCAUUGUAUGUAUAUUUGGCCCCUAGCACAAGUUUCAAAUCUUCAAUAAACUUCCCUCUUUUUUUUUUUUGUUGUGCACAAUGCUUUGUACCAUUGUCAAAAAGAUUGACAGAAGCAGGCCAACCCUGCCUCGUUUGUGUCGUCUGCCAACUCUGGUCUCCUUUCGUCUGCUUGUUUGUUUGUGUCUGCCUGCAGGGUUUACGGUAUUUAGUUUGGCUUCGACGUUUCACGUGUGUCUAGCAGGCUCGCAGUACUCUGCGAGACCUCUUGCCAUCCUUUUGGAACUGUCUGUUACUCUGUGUUUGUUUGUACUGGCAUUUCUGCUGCGCAGCAGUGGAGGUCGUCUGCUGCUUUGCCUCUGUGUGGUGCUGCGUCUGCCACUUUUGGACCCCUGCCACCAGAGUGUCCCGCUUCCAGUUUGGGCUCGCAGCAUCGCAAACAAAAGUGCAGGAAACGAAGGAAGGAGGACGCUAUUUUUAAUUUUGCGGAAGCAGUGGCUGCGGUUUCUGAGCUGGACAAGCAACUGUUCUUUUUUCGUGUUUUUGCGGUUGAGCGGGGUUAAUGCUAGUUUACUUUUUAUUCUUUGUCUUCUACUUGAGGAAAUGAGAGUGCUUUGCAUAAGGCUUCCAUGAGCGUAGUGCUGGUGACCAAACGUGGUGCUUUUUGCACGUUUUCUGGGGGCUGCUCAGAAGCAGACGACGGGUUUGGCAUCGUCUGCCAAUCAUCAAGGCUGACUGUGUGUGUAUGUGCUCUGGGUGUGUGUCUGUGUGUGCAAGUAUGUGCAAUGCUUGUGAAAGUUUGUUUUGUGGAAACAUUGAGGGAGAAACGCUACGCAGUGCAAGUGCAUUUUCUGGGGCAGUGUCGAAUAAGAUGUGUUGUCAAACAACAGUUUUAGUUUCCUUCUAAAGGCGUUUGUUUUACAUUGCUACGAGCCCAAAGUACAAUCGUCUGAUUUUACAUCAAUUUGACAGGUGUAGAAACCGAGAAAAAAACAAAAAAACUCUCUUGCAGCAGUUCUUUGCAGUUGUUUCUGUUCACCAGAUUUAAGUCGAAGAGAAAAAUGUUUUGUACAUAUGGCAUAUACACAUGCAGUGGGAAGUGCAGUAUUUCUAUGCUUUGCCCUUUGUUAGUUCGUCUGGGACUGUGCGACGCGUGUGCACUUGUUUGCGAAGCACGGUCGGUGAUGUUCAGAUGCGAUGGCUCACAAGUGACUUUUUUUUUUUUUUUUUUUUUGUGUGUUUGCUGAACAAGCUACGUGAGGGUCGGGACGAUAGUUGGAGACAGCGCGGGGAUUCCUUGGUGCUUAUUUGGCGUGGUGACUUUUUUUUUUUUUUUGUCAAAUCUGUAUACGCGCAUUGUGAAUAAAAACCUGUUACUUCAGAGAACGA